UUGUGAGAGCGACCUCCAUCCUUCUUUCUUGCCCUCUCUCAAAAAAAGAAAAAAAGAAAAAAAAAAAACUUUCCCACAUGAUCCCAAGCAAGUGACACAUAAACAAAUCCAAAAAGUAUGCAUUGAAGUUUGGUAUAUUUUAUCGUGCAAAAAUCUCUCCAUCUUUAAAAAAUUAUUUUUUCCUUCAUCACCGACGGUAAGUAAACUCACUCUCUGCAUUCAAGUAAUAAACAUAAGCGUACAACUAGUUUAUCUCUCUCUCUCUCUCUCGAAUUGCUAUCGUACGGUUGAGCAUUUACGUCUCUUUCUCAUCUCUGUGUCUCUCUGUGCGUGGUACAUUUUCAUUGCUAAGUGUUUCCAAGAAACAGAGCAAGUUUUGGUUUCUGGGUUGGCCAUAUUUCGGAGGCUCUCUCGCCGAGUACAAUUAAAUUAGAGUCUGGUGGUUUGGGGUAGCAAUUAUAUGAUGCUAAAAAGUCUUAUGGAAGACAAGCAGUUGGAUUUUAAUCAGCCACUUCUAUCUGUAAGACGAUUUUCAUCACCGGCAGUUCCCCCUGAAGCUGAUAACAAACGGAAAACCGAUAAACCACUACCAAAAUUACCUCCUCUUCCUGUUUAUAAAUCAGAACUAAAGUCAGGUCCAGUGAGGAAUCCAGGAACUGUUCCUUUUGUAUGGGAGCGAACCCCAGGAAAACCCAAGGAUGAAAAAACAUCACGACCUCAAGCUCCUGAGCAGCCUCCCAUUGCUCCGAAGCUACCACCUGGGAGGGUUUUAAAUGUUAGACAAGAAGCUUCGGAUAAAGGUUCUAAAGGUACAAUUGCUACUCAGUCCCAAACCAGAAGUAUCCUUUCCAGUUCCAAAGAUGUCUCAGACUUGGAUAAAAGAAGCUUCACUGAAGAUAAAAUCUCAAAACUAGAGACCGAGGAUAAGAGUAGCUCUGGUUCAGGUGAUGGUGACGAGACAUAUCUAGAUGCACUUGAUACACUCUCCAGGUCUGAAUCAUUCUUUUUGAACUGCAGUAUAAGUGGUGUGAGUGGAUUGGAUGAUCCGGAUGUCAAGCCAUCUGGGACCUUCUCGACAGAUCAACAGACUCGGGAUUUCAUGAUGGGUCGGUUUCUGCCUGCAGCAAAAGUUAUGGCUUCAGAUACGCAUCAAUAUGCUCUUAGGAAGCCACAGGUUGUGAGAGAGCAGCCUAGACAGAUUAAUAAGGUAGUGAGUGGCGAUAAGCGACGUCCACUUAAUCUGAAUAAGCCAAAUAGGUUGCCUCCUUAUGCCCAAGAACUAGGUGGGGAAGAAAGUGAAGAUGAAUCUGUUACCUAUGAAGGAUCUGAUAUUUUAUCAGAUAAAGUUUGUGGUUUAUUUCCUCGGUUUUGCUUAAAGAAUUCAUUUUGCCUUUUGAAUCCAGUACCCGGCAUGAAGAUGCAGAGUCAGUUCCCCAUUUCAUCAGUCCGUAGAGUGCCGGCCAAUUCUUCAUCUGCUAGUACUUGCAGAGAAACUAAAGUAGAGCAUGCUGAGCAUCUUGUGUAUGAACAAAAAUCUAUGGUCCGAGAACAAACAGCUGAGCUGAAUAAAGGUAAGAUCAAAUUGAAAUAUAAAUCCAACGGGAUUGAAGACAAAAGUGAUUCUCAGAAAGUAGACCAGUCAUCUCUGUAUAGACACCAACAAGGCAAUGGCUUAUCACUUUACCAUAGCGGACAUUCCCAGCUCAAACUUCCCGAACAAAAGGGUUUUCUGGGGAUACGUGAGAAGAAAAGGAAUUCCAGGGAAAGGGGCUUUGAUAUCCAUAAAAGUAGACGAAGCAAUUUUCGAGAAUUGUUGAACAAUGAGAACACUAAAUUGGAAGUUGGGUCAGGGAGUCCAGUGGUUGAGAAGACUCUCUACAUAGAUUCUGUACAUACAGUGAAACCCCCAAGUUCCAAUUCAAGUGCUUCAGACAUGAAAAGCUUUACUGAUUGCAGGGGGAAUGAUGUUGAGAUUCCCGAAAAAAGUAGUGACAUGGAAGACACUCAUUCAGUAGAUUCUUCACUUCAAGAUAUCAAGUGCUUGAGCGUCGUUGAUGAAAAGGCAACAACAACGCCGAAAAGUUUGCAGUCCGUAGAUUCCUGUUUCCAGUCUUGCUCGAACAAAUCCACUCUUGAAAAGCAAAUGCACAUGACAAAUGGUUCCAUACAGGAUGAAUAUCUUAUUCCGGAUUCUUUUACAUUGAUGAGCUCGAAAGUGGCUGCCCAAGAGAGUUAUGAUUUAGAAAGCCAACGGUUGUCAUGUGAACAGGAAAAGUGUCAUGACCUUACCAAGGAUUCUAUCACAUUUACAAGCUCGAAAAUUGCUGAGAGGAAGAUUGAUUUGAAAAGUCGACAAUACUUGGGAUUGGAUUAUCAAGAAAGCCAGCUCAAAAUGGCUGAUGAUAGGAAGAUUGAUUCAAAAGGACAGCAGCUGAUCAAAUUCAGAACCGAGGAAAAUUUUCUUGCCCUUGUUCAAAGUUCUACGACAAAAGUGGCCAAUGACAGGGUGAUUGAUUUAGAAAGCCAGCGGCUUGGAAAAUUAGGUAAUCAAGAAAGUUCUCAGAGCAGCAAUUUGCAAAUGCCUCUUGCACUGCUCUUGCCAAAAUCUCCAUCGGAGUCUUGGCUAAAGCGUACCUUGCCUACCAUUUCCGCAAGGAAUUCAUCUUCUUGGUCUUCCCUUGCUGCUCGCAUCGGUGCCAGCAGUCCAAUGGCCUCACCUCUUGACCCCAAGUGGGAGACAAUUGUUAAAACUUCUAAUGUUCAAUAUGGGCGUCUGCGGUUUUCUGAGGAACAUCUCUCUACUAUACCAGAAGCUUAAAUAUUGUGGACUGCUUAUCCGCGGUUUGCAUAACAUUAGUCUUGGUGGAAAUGUCAACUAUCUUGACGGGUUGAAAGGUGCUCAGAUGAAUUUGUUUUGCUUCAUAUUUCAAAGAAAUUGCAUGUUCAUACUUUCAUGUUACACGGUAUAUAAGGUUUUAAGUUUUAACUGUAAAUCAUGUGCUUUAUUUUUUAUUUUUUAUUUUAUUUUUUAUGUUGUAUAUUCUUCUUGUAUAUGUCAUCAAUUUUGUGAACUCAAUACUUUGAUUCCCUAUGGUGAUUCUUCUGUAAAGGGAGGAGUCCAAGCUGCAAUUAUUGUUGUAAUAAGAGGAAAUAAAUGAUAUUUUUUUGAAUACUUUCAUCAUCAGCCAU